UGGCUCAAGCAUGCCAGAGCCGAUACCAGCUUUUCUUGCUAUGCAUCAUUUCCAAGCACCACCCCGCAUUACUGCGGUACAGCCCGGCGAAAACGACACAGAGGCUCAAGGUGGUGUACCCGCAACAACAACUGAAGAAACUGAAGACAAGCUGGAUUUGCUGGAGGUCCGCUCUUGCGGAAGCUUUGACCAAAAGUCGCAAUCUGACACAGAUGCAGACGACUUCAAGGAUUUGUCACCGGAAAAGACAAGCGAAAAGGCCAAAGGGCAGUUUCUGGAGAAGCUGAAUUUUAGCCCUGAGGGGAAGGAAAUGGAGGCAAUGCAGCCACUAGAGGACACUGCAAAAAUUACAAGUGCGGUGGAGCCAGACAUAGAAAAGGUUGGAAGUGCUUUCGCUCCUGAGGUGUCUCUGAAGCGGGAUAGCGACAGAGAAACCAAACAGGGCCUGGACAAGCUGGAGGAUGUCUCACUGCCAGAGGCAGCUGACAAGCAGGCAAUACCAGCUCUUAUGCUCUCUCGUGUCCCUGGACCUGGGUGGAAAGACGAGGUGAAACAGGAGGUCACGCCUGAGAUUCUGGCAGCUGUGAAAUCGGAAGUCUCUUCUCAGUUCGCCGCACUUCAAGCAGAGAUGGC